GAAGAAGUCAGAGGGAGCAGGCUGACCUCAUGGCGGGAGCACCGGAGCCCUCGGCUCGGCACCUGAUGCGCCAGUACUGGGAGGAGCACUCCCGGCAGCCCUCCCUGGAGGAGAUGAUGCUGGACUCGGGCGCGCAGCAGCUCACCGAGGAGGACACCCCGGAGAUCCUCGCCCUCUUGCCUUGCCUGGAAGGAAAGGAUGUCCUAGAACUGGGAGCUGGUAUAGGCCGAUUCACGGGGCAUCUGGCCGAACGUGGGCGUCACGUCACGGCCGUGGAUUUCAUGGACAGCUUCUUGGUGCAGAAUCGACAGGAGAACGGGCACCGAUCCAACGUGGCGUUCCUGCAGGCCGACGUUACCAGCCUGCAGCUGCCGACCGAGAGCUUUGACCUCGUCUUCUCCAACUGGCUCUUCAUGUACCUCUCGGAUGCGGAGCUGAUCAGCGUCGCCCGACAGAUGCUUCUCUGGCUACGUCCAGACGGGCAUCUCUUCUUCCGGGAGUCCUGUUUCUAUCCGUCAGGAAACAGCCCCAGGCGCUUCAACCCCACGCUGUAUCGGACACCCGCGGAGUACAAUCGCCUCCUUAGCUCGGCACACGUGACCACCGGAGACGCCACCUACGGAUUUGACAUCGUCAUGUCCCGAUCUGUGCAAACCUACAUAAAGAGGAAACAAAACCGGAAUCAGGUGUGCUGGAUUCUCCAGAAAGUUCCCCGGAACUAUGAGUCAACCCGGGGAUACGACACUUUCCAGAAUUUCUUGGACAACGAGCAAUACGCCUUGCGCAGCAUCCGCCGCUACGAAUGGAUAUUUGGGGCCGGGUUUGUCAGCACCGGAGGUCUGAGCACCACCCAGGAACUGAUGCGCAUGGUGGAUUUCAAACCGGGUCAGCGGGUGCUGGAUGUGGGGUGUGGAAUCGGUGGAAGCGAUUUCUACAUGGCCAAGGAGUUUGGCGUGGAGGUUUUGGGCUUAGAUCUCUCCCGCAACAUGGUGGAGCUGGCCCUGGAGAGAGGACAGAAGGAACCAGGUGCCCAGGUGCAGUUCGAAAUCGGCGAUGCCACUCGAAGGACGUUUCCAGAGGGCUUCUUCGACGUCGUUUACAGCCGAGACACCAUCCUACACGUGGCGGACAAGAAUUCCCUCUUUGGAAGAUUCCUGUUAUGGCUGAAGCCCGGAGGACAACUCCUCAUUUCUGAUUAUUGCUGCGGGCCUCGACCCUGGUCAAAAGCGUUCACCGAGUACGUCACACAGAGGGGGUACAGCUUGCUCACACCCCAAGAAUACGGCCAGGUACUGGAGGAGGCUGGGUUCGGCCAGGUCCAGGCCUUGGACCACACGGAGCGAAUGGUCUUGGCUUUGACGCAAGAGCUCCGGGAGCUGGAGAGAAGCCGGGAGCAAUUCGUGCAGGAGUUCUCAGAGGACGAGUUCAAGGCAAUGGCCUCCGGAUGGCAGGAGAAACUGGAGCGCUGUGCGGAUGGGGACCAGCGGUGGGGGGUUUUCUAUGCUCGGAAACCCCAGAAGGGUUGCUGAUGACCAGAGACGGCAAAGCCCUGGCCGGCCUCUGACUGUUUCGCACAGCUCAGCGACUAAAAGCAAUCGUGAAUGUUUGCAAGUUUGCAUGGUUUUCCCUUUUCUUGCCUGGUCAAGUUUCGGGCCUGGAUUCCUCCCCCUGGGUUUGGAAUAAACUUUAGUUUCCAGUCUAAA